AGGAGUGAAACCACUUCCUGUGUAGCUAGUUCCUGUGUUGACAGAAAGAGCUGAAGGGGAGGAGGGGGGUGAAGGGAACAGAGCCAGGGACUCCGGGGUUACUGAGGCUCUGGAGAUGAGAAGGCCGAGUCCUUACCCACCAUGAACCCACUCUGCUACUGCAGCUGGAGUAACUUUUCCCAGCCUCUGUGCUUCCCUGAGGUUUCUCCCCUCCAGGGGAUGGAGGCUGAGACACCCAAGGAAGAAGAGGAUGGCAAGCAGCAUCAGGAUGAGCAUGGCUGGCCCCCUGUGAAGACCACCCCUCGGCCUUGGCGAUCUGCUCCUCCAUCCCCUCCUCCAGGGACCCGCCGCACAGCCCUGGGGCCCUGCUCGGCCUCCCUACUCUCCCUGCAGACUGAGCUCCUUUUGGACCUGGUGGCUGAGGCCCAGUCCCGCCGCCUAGAGGAGCAGAGGGCCACCUUCCACACCCCUCAGAACCUCCCAAAGCUAGCCCCAGCCCGGCCUCUUGAAGACAGAGAACAGCUCUACAGCACCAUCCUUAGUCACCAGUGCCAGCGGAUGGAAGCCCAGCGGUCAGAGCCUCCCCUGCCCCCAGGGGGACAGGAGCUCCUGGAGCUGCUGCUGAGAGUUCAGGGUGGGGGUCGAAUGGAGGAGCAAAGGUCCCGGCCUCCCACUCACACCUGCUGAGACUUGAGCCUCCCACCAGUUCCCCUGCACUCCUGGGGCUCAAAGCUGGACAGUUCACUGCAUGCCCUCAGCCCUGCUUGGCAGGGGCACCAGAGACUGGAAGACCCAGCAGAAAUCUUAAUAUUCAUCACCCUCAUCUACAUUCCCUGGGAACUGGAGGGGGUGAAAUUCCUCAAAUCCUGGGAAAUAGUCAAGGUAGGAUGGUCAACUCCCUGUCUGUAGUUCCGGGGCGCUCCAGGUAGUGAGAGGAUCCCAUCCCCUGAGGGACAUCCCAUUCUCUCCUCUGAUUCCAGGGAGUGUCUGGGAGUCUUGGUCCUGAGCUGUGAGAACCCCUCAAUAGACAAGCCACUAGUCAGGAUCUGAGGGCUCAGGCCAGUGUCUCCCAAGAACAGGCAAAUCUCCCAUGACCUGAGACAGCUCCACCCUCCUUCCCAAUAAGAGAGGAAGAGAAGGCACAGCCAAGGGAAGACUACUCCCUUGCCCAGCACCACCCCGCCCCAGCGCCGGGACUGAGGGCCUGCGGGCUGUGAAGGGACAGCCCUGCCCACGGUCCUUUCCCAGUGCUGCUCCAAGUCUGUCUGUUUUGAUUGUAUAAAUAAAUGUAAUUCUCCUCUGGA